CUACUUUAGUAAACUUUACUACAGUACCAAACUUUGUACCUGCUUUGCCCGGUAAAAAAAUUUCUGAUUCACAGCUCAUAAAUGUGAACCCAUCAACCCACUGACUUCCUCCAUAGACGUAAAACCUGUGAACGCAUCACACAAUGCACUAGAUCUCGCACUCCAGAGAGAGAGAGAGAGAGAGAGAGAGAUGUCAAGGCGAUCGGGGGCUUGUUUGAGGUGUUGUUUGGUAGUUUUCGCAGUGGUAUCGGCUCUGUGCGUCUCUGGUCCUGCUCUUUAUUGGAAGUUCAAGAAAGGCUUAAAACAUACAGGCGCUUCUAGUGUUUGCAGCCCUUGCGUUUGUGAUUGCCCUCCUCCUCUCUCCCUCAUCAAGAUUGCUCCUGGCUUGGCCAAUCUUUCUGUUACAGACUGUGGAGGAGAUGAUCCGGACCUCAAAGAGGAGAUGGGAAAGCAGUUUGUGGACCUUUUGUCGGAGGAGAUGAAGCUGAGGGAGACUGUUAGCAAAGAACAUAACCACCAUAUCAACAUUACGUUUGCAGAAGCCAGAAGGAUAGCUUCUCAGUACCAGAAAGAGGCUGAAAAAUGCAACACUGCCACGGAGACAUGUGAGCAGGCCAGAGAGCGGUCUGAGGCCUUGUGGCUCAAGGAAAAGAAGGUAACAUCCUUGUGGGAGCGAAGAGCCCGUCAACUGGGUUGGGAAGGGGAAUAAGUUUGACACUCGAUAUUGUUGGUUCUGGUUCUGUUAUAUAGGAGUACUUGUCUGGAUGAAUUAGAAGGAAGCAAAUUUGCUCCAUGUUUGUUAUCCUGUUAUAGCACAUUCAUGAUCUUUGUGCGCAAGCGCACUCAUCUGUCUCUGUUGUGUAACUCCUAUGUGGCCUCAAAUGGCCUUAUAUCCAUAGAUCUCUAUUGUCAGCUGUAUCACUUGCAAAUCAUGUCAGUCUAUUAUUCCCCAUUUAUUCAAGUUUGGGGACAGUACUUUAUGCGAUUGCAGGAUGUGUAUAA